UGCAUGCGAUUGUUUCGUUACUUUUACUAUCGCUCCUGCACACGCAUCGUUGCUUUCCAUCUUUCCCAUCGUGAUUUUGGCUCGUUUUUGUCGGCAGGACUAGCAGGAGUUCUGGUUAUUGAACCACUGUUUACAAACGCGCUUGGGUGCUUUACCGACUGUGCGCUCUUCCCUCAGCUCUAAUUGCUAACGCGAUGGUUUGGUGCAACGAGUGUUUUUACUAACUUUUUGUCUGGGAGUUUUACGUCUGGUGGAGCUGAUUUUUUUCCGUAGUAGUGAUUCAACCAAUCGAAAAAGCCGCGAUUGUGCGGAGACAGUGAAAAAGGCUUCAAAAUGGACAACGAAUAUCAGGAGAUUUUGCCAAAAGUGUCUGGAUAUCUAGAAAAAAAGGGACGAAAGAGAAUGAUCAGUUGUUACAAGAAAUACUGGUUUGUCCUGGAAGGCAGACUUUUAUUAUACUACAAGUCGAAGGACGAAUACGAAAAAGCGAUAUCCCCUUGCAAAGGAUUCAUCAGCCUGGGGCAUACAUCCAAUGUGAAACCUGGCGGCUCAAAUCCGGGAGUUUUUCAAAUUGAAAGCAAAACUACCACAGUUACUUUGAGGGCAGACAGCAAAGAGGAACAGCACAAAUGGAUGCAUGCUUUGAUGACUGCCUUAAAUCAGAAAAAUGAGUUCAAGAGACUGAAUCAUUUUCGGUACUCAACCGGCGAUUUAUCACCUCCGUUAAACAAGGCGCUGAAAUCGAAAAUGCACAAUUCGCCAUGCCCCAAUGAAAUCAGCGGAUCUGUCGAUUCUACUUUGAGAAUUGUGCAAAAGCUGCAAAAAUUGGGCGCUAAAACUUACGGUAUAAGUGCGAAGCUGCAAAAACCCAAAACAGGCCUUCAGCGUCCUAUUUCUUUAUCAGAUGAGCACAUACCCUCAAACAGCAACAAACCCAGAUGUCGACUGCAAAAAUCUGAAUCUGUUAUAGUGGAAAACGAAAUUUUGCGCAAAGAACCCCGUCUAAGACGUGCAUGCAGCAUCGAAAGCCCUGAUAGUAGCAUAGAGCAAAUUUACGAAAGAAUACCCAACUUUUCUGAUGCAGUUUUCAUUAAGAAUGAUUUACCUACGGCAAACUCUGACUUUCAAAGCAAGAGAACCACCCUGCUCUCAGAUAAUUCCAUUUACUGGACCAGAAGCGACUAYCAAGAAAUUAGUGAUUGUAACGAAUAUGGUUACGAAGCCAUUGAUUUUAAUGAUAACAUACAGCCACGAACCGAAAAUCAACCAGAAACUAAGCAAAUUCCAAGUGAAGAAAAUAUAUAUGUGGAAGCAGAUAUUAAAACCAGUACAAGCAACAGCAAUUUGAUGAAAACCCGCACAGAGCAAAUGGAAACUUUAACUGGAAAUCAGGGGUUUUAUGAAGAUAAAGAAAAGCGAAGGUUUUGCUUCAACCGAAAGGCAAAAAGUUUGAAGGAAAAACCGAAAAAAGUAAAGAGAUCCGAAAGUUUUCUGCACCGAGUGUGGAGCAAGAAGCGCAAAACCAAGCCAAUGAAGGACUUAUUGUCCUCCAUAAAUAUCGCUAAGAAACUCUCAUUGACUGAAGCUGAAGCCAUUAAGACUCUGAAUCAGUUGCACCAUUUACUGAAAACCUCGGUGGAACAGUUGCCGAACGCCACACAAAUAACUGAAAGUGAUGAGAAAACUAAACCAGAUCCACAAAAUUGUGCAGAACCUUCUAAAGAACACCAUGGAACUAGUGAUUCGCCUCCAAACACCCAUCAAGAACCACCAAUAAACGGCCCGACGUUGCCACCAAGAAACCCCAAACUACCUUCAGUUAAAGAAGAUACAAAACUGCCAUCGCUGCCACCCAAAAUGAAACGAACAGUUGAAGCUGUUGGGUGUUUAGACGCCAUUCUCAGCGAUUUAAGUGUGCAAGCUGAUAAUGUACAGAAGCCUGAUAAGCUGGACGGGGAUGAAGGGCAGUGUAAAGUCAAAGAGCUGAUCAAGAGGUUUAGCAUUGGGAAAGAGGAAGGCGUGGAGCUGCGGCAAAAGCAACGCAUGUCGAAAUAUAGACCAGGAGAAUUUUCACGCGAUACCCCCGAUCUGGAUAAACUCUUGGAUGAAUUAGCUAAGGUGACCACGGCGCCGAUUAUGACUCCGGGAGUUACCAGCAGUCUGAUAAAUCCGGAAAUAUCCCAAAAAGAGAUUCAAAAAAUGGCCCAAAGUCGAAGACCUUCAGACCCAGAUUACGAUAUUCCCAGGCCGCAUCGAUCGCUCCCGAACCUUCCAAAGAAAGACGACAAUGCUCUGGAAGCGACAAGGUUCUUCGGACCAAUACUGAAACCAUCCGAUUGCCGUAAUGCCCGCGAUUCCAGGCCGCCCACUCCUCUGGUAGACUACCACUCUAACGUACCAAGUAUUACACCAGAUUCACUGGAAGUGGAAAAUAGGAAAACUGAGCCAAGUCAAGAAGAUUUUCGACUCCUUUCCUUCCACUCGCACGACUAUCUUCACUUCAAAAAGGCCAGCCAUCAUAAUUUGCAGUUUUCAGUCGAACAGCAUCUUUACUCAGAUCCGCGAUUGCUGUUGAAAUCGGCAGACGAUUUUAGUGUGGACUCACACGAUGUCUAUCAGUUAGAACGUUCUGAUUGUGUUUUUAUAGAUUCGCUCGAUCCGUAGAAGGUUAAAUGUUUCUCAGAUAUUACGUAUGAGGUAAAAACACCGGUGUUUCAUUUAAAAUCAGUUGAAAACAUUGAACCUUUCGUUUUGCUGGGGUUGAUUGUGUUACCAAAAUAAUGUAAAUGUAGUUAGUCGCCUUUCUAUUUAUUGCUUCUCCUUAUAUCUGUAUGUUAUGUAUUAAUAAACGUUUUCAAUAAUUUGGUCAAACAAGAA